AUGGACUUGAGAAACGGUGUCUGUGAUAUGUUUGGUAUAUAUAAACUAAUAUAUGCGAUUUAUCAAAUUAUCGUUUCGGGUCUUCUACCACCAAUUUUCAUGAGUGUUUUCAGCAUUCUUACCAUUAUUAGUCUUCAUGAACGACAUCAUACGAAUCAAAUACGUGUCAAACAGAGUGAUCAACAACUGACACGUUUGGUUAUUGUUGAAGUGAUAGUGAACGUUCUCACAGCAAUUCCAUAUUCUGCAAAUCUUUUGUAUGGUGCAUUGACAUAUUUUGUUACGAAUAAAAGUACCCAACGUCUCGAAAUUGAAUCAUUUAUCACCUUUAUCGCUCAGUUUAUGAUUUAUUUCGUUGGUAUUGCUCCUUUCUACUUGUUCUUCUUAAUAUCGAAGGGAUUUCGUAAAGAAUUUAUUAAUUUACUUGUCAAUUUCUACUAUAAACAUAUACUACGACGUGUACGAGUCGUUCCGGAACGCGACCCACAAGCAAAUCACUUCCAAAUAACUCAAACCAGACAUUGA